CACAACCAUUACCAGUUCCCAAUUAUCACUUUCCCACAGUACAUUUGUGCAUGCAACUAAACCUGUGCUUAAGACAUGCCAACUCUGUUCCUCCAUUUCUUCCUUUUCUUAUUCACUACCACUGUUACUAAUCUCAUCCCCGCAGUUCACAGCAACUGCAUUGAGGCCCAGAAACAAUCAUUGCUCCAUUUCAAACAAAGUCUUGAAUUUAAUUCUUCCGAAUCCUCCAAGCUUGUCACAUGGAAUUCGAGUACCGAAUGUUGUUCUUGGCUGGGUGUAAGUUGCAGCACCAAUGGGAGUGUUGUCGGACUUAACCUCAGCAGCGAGUCUAUCUCAUGCAGCAUUGACAAUUCAAGUAGUCUCUUCCAACUUCAACAUCUUCAGAGCCUCAAUUUGGCCGACAACAACUUCGAAGGCUCUUUAAUUCCAUCUGCAAUCGGAAAGCUUGCAAAUUUGAGGUAUUUGAAUUUACAAGAAGCUAAUUUUUCUGGGCAAAUUCCCAUUGAGGUCGCACGCUUGAAUAGGUUGAAAGUUCUUGAUCUGUCUAGAAGUUACCUUUUGGGGGGAUUAAAACUUGAGAGCCCGAAUUUAGGCACUUUAAUCCAGAACCUUACAGAGCUUACAGAGUUAAUAUUGGAUGGAAACUACAUCCCUGGUCCGGUUCCAAAAUUCUUAGCCAAUUUUUCAAGUUUGAUUUCCUUGAGUCUAUCUGCUUGUAACUUGUACGGAGCAUUUCCCAAAGAGAUAUUCCUGGUACCGACACUAAAGUCUGUUAACCUGUCACUUAAUUCACAGCUUCGUGGUUCCUUACCGGAGUUUCCGAAGAAUGGAUCUCUCGAAUCCCUAGUUCUAUCCCAGACUAAAUUUUCAGGAGUCUUGCCGGACUCUAUUGGCAACCUUAAAAAGCUGUCUGAAUUAGAUCUUUCAGAGUGCAAUUUCACAGGAGCAGUUCCAAAGUCACUGGAAAACCUAACACAAUUGGGGGAUUUGGCCUUGUCAUACAACAAGUUUUCUGGUCCGAUUAAUUCCAUUCAAUGGGAAAAACUCAUCAAGCUUGACAGUCUCGACUUGGCCAACAAUCUACUCUACGGGAGUAUUCCAUUGUCUCCCUUUUCUAUUCCCUUGCUGCAGAGGUUAGAUCUUUCUGGAAAUAACUUCUCUGGUCAAUUGCUUGAAUUUUCUAAUGUCUCUUCGCACUUGCUAGAAGAACUUGAUUUGAGUAGCAACAAUUUGGAAGGAUCAGUACCCGUGUCUAUCUUUAAUCUUCCAGGGCUUCAGGAGUUUAAUCUUUCUUCAAACAACUUGAGUGGUUUUCCUUUUUAUGGCCUUCCGGAGUCGAGAAAUCUUUCUUCUCUUGAUCUAUCCUUCAAUAGCUUGUUGUUCAAUCAUAAUGGUACUAACUCAUCACACCCCUCCCUCCUUCAGAUUAAAACCCUGAAGUUGGCUUCUAACAAGUUGAAAACAUUCCCAAAUUUCUUGAAAAAUCUAUCUUAUUUAACCGACUUGGACCUUUCAGACAACCAAAUUCCAGGUCAGAUACCCAAUUGGAUUUGGGAGCUUCAUCUCGAGAAUCUAUAUCUAUGUUGUAACAAGUUGGUAAGUCUAGAAGCUCCUUUACCUGGUUCUACUUACCAUCUGAUGAUUCUUGAUCUUCACUCAAACCAGAUUCAGGGACAAAUACCAUUGUUUCUAAGUGGUAAUUAUUUGGAUUACUCAGGAAAUAAUUUCAGAUCUAGUAUGCCAAUUGACAUUGGUGACAUCACCAAUUCCACGGGCUACCUUUCUCUUUCAAGCAGUAACUUGUAUGGGGAAAUUCCAAAAUCAAUAUGCAGUGCAAGUAAUGUAAUUCUUGAUCUCUCUAAUAACUCUUUGAGAGGAACCAUUCCCCAAUGCUUGACUCAGACUUCUCUUUCUGUCCUUGAUUUGAGGAGAAACAACCUUACUGGAUCUAUCCCUGAUACUUUUCUUGAAGGUUGUCCUUUGGUUACUCUAGCUCUGGGCAGAAAUCAGAUACAAGGUCAAUUUCCAAAAUCUCUAGCCAAUUGUUCAAGCUUAGAGGUUUUAGACCUUGGAAUUAAUCAAAUAACAGAUGCCUUUCCCUGCCCGUUGAAGACCAUAUCCACCUUGCGUGUCCUUGUGUUGCGAUCCAACAAAUUUUAUGGACCUAUUGGAUGUCCCGAGACCAAAGACACCUGGCUGAAGCUUCAAAUCAUAAACUUGGCUAAUAACAGUUUCAAUGGUGAAAUACCAGGUACAUCACUGACAACAUGGCAGGCAAUGGUGGUUAAUGAAGAUGGUUACCAAAUUCACCAUAGCUAUAAGUGGGUACCACCAGGUAGUGAAAUUGUCUCCUCUGCUGGAACUGCGGUCAGUUGUGGACGAGGCAGCACUGGAACUCCAUGCCAUACCUCAUCAUCACGGGUAAUUGCGUUGCAUGCUGGAACUGCGGUCAGUUGUGGACGAGGCAGCACUGGAACUCCAUGCCAUACCUCACCACCUAGGUAUUACUCACCACCUAAUGAGAGCUCUAUUAUUGAUUAUGCAGAUAGAGUAACAACUACAAGCAAAGGUCUAGAGAUGGAUCUUGUAUAUAUUUCAUUUAUCUUCACUUCGAUUGACUUCUCUGCUAACAAGUUCAACGGAACAAUACCCAUGGAAAUGGGCCAACUGAGAUCAUUACGUGUACUCAAUCUGUCCAGUAAUGCUUUCACAGGCGAAAUCCCAUCAUCCUUUGGUAACAUGAGAAGCAUAGAGUCCUUAGACCUCUCACAGAACCACCUGAGCGGCCAAAUUCCACCGCAGCUUGCAAAUCUCAAUUUCCUUUCGCACUUGAAUGUCUCAUAUAAUCAACUGACGGGAAGGAUCCCAACCAGCACUCAGUUAUCGACAUUUCCAAAUACCUCAUUCGAGGGUAACAAAGGAUUAUGGGGGCCUCCUCUGACAUCGGAUACAAUAAUUGUAUUGCCACCUCCGACGUUUAAUGGAAGCUCAAGUAAUCCGAAAUCUGGAGAUGAGAUUGAUUGGAAUGUUAUCAGUGCUGAAAUUGGAUUUACGUGUGGGUUUGGAAUUGCCGUCGGGUCACUUUUGUUUUGCAAGAGAUGGAGGAAAUGGUAUUACCGAGCUAUGUUUAAAAUCCUGUUCAAGAUAUUCCCUCAGCUGGAACACAGAUUUGGUAAUCACAGAAGGCAUGUUUACAUAAAUCAAAGGUAUUGGAACCGUUUAAAUGGUUAGGCAGACCAAGCAUGCAGUUCAACUCCAUUGUGCUGGAGACUCCCUGGUGUUUUUCCUCUGUAUUUUCAUCACAUGAUUAUAAUGUAAUUGUUUUUUUUUUCUUUUGUCGUAAUGUUUUUUUUUUUUUUUGGGUCUGGUGUUGUAAUCUAUGUUGUAAUCCUUCUCGCAAUGUAAUCACUUUACGUUUUUAACAUUUAUGAAAUAUUGUGUAGUGUGAUCGGGUAAUUGCUCUGUUUUGUGAUAUGGUGAUUGUUUUCAAAUAUCCUACCAUCUAGACAAUGCCAACUUUUAGUGAAACUGCAACUUGCUCAAGAGCCCAAAAACACUGGAAAGCAGCAGGCCCAAAAGGCCCGUCGUUGUACAUAAGAAAUACCACUCAGCAAUUGCUAUCGACAUAAGAAAUCAACCCUCUCUCUGCACUUGCUCUCUCAUCUUGGUUCUGUAUCUCUGUUCAUCUCCUCUAUACAUUUUCCAAGGACCGUCUGAGUUUAUGC